GUGGACCUACCACGACUUCUUCAACAGAUACCGAGUCCUUAUGAAGAAACGGGAUCUCUCCAAAAAGGAUGACAAGAAGGCGAUCUGUAAAACUCUGCUGGAGAACCUGGUUAAGGAUCCCGACAAGUUCCAGUUUGGGUGCACCAAGAUCUUCUUCCGCGCCGGCCAAGUGGCCUACCUGGAGAAGUUGCGGGCAGACAAGUUCCGCAGCGCGACCAUCAUGAUCCAGAAAACCGUGCGUGGCUGGUUGCAGAGGCUGAAGUACAGGAGGAUGAGGGAGGCGGCCAUCCGAAUCCAGAAGCACACCCGAGGGUACCUGGCCCGCAGGUAA